AUGGCGUUGAACACCCAAGUUAGAGACUCCACUGCUUCAGCUUUCCCAUGGAAAUACGAUGUUUUUUUGAGCUUCAGAGGCGAAGACACCCGCAAGGGCUUCACAGACUACUUAUACAAUGAGUUGCAGCGGCAAGGAAUCAGGACUUUCAGGGACGAUCCACAACUUGAAAGAGGCACAGCCAUCUCUUCAGAACUCCUCACAGCAGUAGAGCAAUCGAGGUUUGCGAUCGUUGUUCUUUCACCAAACUAUGCUACUUCCACGUGGUGCUUGCUUGAACUGUCUAAGAUUCUUGAAUGCAUGGAAGACAGAGGGGCAAUUUUGCCAAUCUUUUAUGAGGUGGACCCCUCUCAUGUGAGACAUCAAAGGGGCAGCUUUGCUGAAGCGUUUGAAAAACAUGAAGAGAAGUUUGGGAAAGGUAAUAAGAAGGUGGAAGGGUGGAGAGGUCCCUUAACUAAAGUGGCCAAUCUUGCUGGAUGGACAUCGAAGGAUUAUAGGUAUGAAACAGAGCUUAUCAGAGAGAUUGUACAAGCACUAUGGAGCAAAGUGCAUCCUAGUCUCACUCUAUGUGGUUCCUCAGAAAAGUUAGUAGGAAUGGAUACUAAGCUGGAGGAAAUGGAUGUUCUUUUAGAUAAAGAAGCAAAUAGCGUUCGCUUUAUAGGGAUAUGGGGGAUGGGUGGUAUAGGUAAAACAACCCUUGCCAAACUAGUUUAUGAGAAAAUCUCUCAUCAAUUUGAAGUUUGCAUCUUUCUUUCUAAUGUCAGAGAGGUUUCCGCAACCCAUGGUCUAGUUCGUCUACAAAGACAGAUUCUUUCCCAAAUCUUGAAGGAAGAAAAUGUUCAAGUAUGGGAUGUUUAUAGUGGAAUCACCAUGAUAAAGAGAUGUUUUUGUAAUAAAGAGGUUCUUCUAGUUCUUGACGAUGUGGAUCAAUCAGAGCAACUGGAAAACUUGGUGGGAGAAAAAAACUUGUUUGGUUUAAGGAGUCGAAUCAUCAUUACAACUAGAGAUCGACAUGUACUAGUGACACAUGGUAUAGAAAAACCAUAUGAGUUGAAAGGAUUAAAAGAAGAUGAAGCUCUCCAGCUGUUUAGUUGGAAAGCCUUUUGGAAUGAUGAGCCUGAAGAAGAUUAUGCAGAACAAUGUAAGAGCUUUGUUAUGUAUGCUGGAGGUCUUCCGUUAGCUCUUAAAACUUUGGGGUCUUUCUUGUAUAAAAGAAGUCAACAUUCAUGGAGUUCAGCAUUGCAAAAACUACAACAAACUCCCAACCGAACAAUUUUUGAAAUACUGAAAGUAAGUUUUGAUGGACUUGAUGAGAUAGAGAAGAAAAUUUUUCUCGACAUUGCUUGUUUCCGCAAGUUGUAUGACAAUGAGUCUAUGAUUGAACAAGUAUACAGUUCCGACUUUUGCUCUCGUAUUGCAAUAGAUGUUCUUGUUGAGAAAUCUCUCUUAACUAUUCCAUUAGACAACCGGAUAGAUAUGCAUAAUUUGAUUCAUGAAAUGGGAUGUGAAAUUGUUCAUCAAGAGAAUAAAGAGCCUGGUAGACGCAGUCGAUUGUAUCUUCGCAAUGACAUUUUUCAUGUAUUCACAAAGAAUACGGGAACGGAAGCCAUUGAAGGCAUAUUGUUACACUUGGCUGAAUUAGAAGAGGCAGAUUGGAAUCUUGAAGCCUUCUCUAAAAUGUGUAAACUGAAGCUGCUCUACAUUCAUAAUUUGAGGCUUUCUUCUCUUGGCCCAAAAUAUCUUCCUAAUACCUUGAGAUUUCUGAACUGGAGUUGGUAUCCUUCAAAAUCUCUCCCACCAUGUUUUCAACCGGAUGAACUUACUGAACUUAGUUUGGUUCAUAGCAAUAUUGAUCAUCUCUGGAAUGAAAUAAAAUACUUGAGCAAGUUGAAAUCCAUCGAUCUUAGUUACUCCAUAAACUUGACAAGGACCCCAGAUUUCACAGGUAUUCAAAAUCUUGAGAAGUUGGUUCUUGAAGGUUGUACGAAUUUAGUUAAGAUUCAUCCAUCCAUUGCACUGCUUAAGAGACUCAAAAUUUGGAAUUUUCGAAACUGCAAAAGUAUAAAGAGUCUACCAAGUGAAGUGAAUAUGGAGUUUCUUGAAACAUUUGAUGUAUCUGACUGCUCAAAACUGAAAAUGAUUCCAGAAUUUGUGGGGCAAACGAAAAGAUUAUCAAAGCUUUGUUUAGGUGGGACUGCUGUUGAGAAACUGCCUUCAUCAAUUGAGCACUUGAGUGAGAGUUUGGUGGAGCUUGAUUUGAAUGGAAUUGUUAUAAGAGAGCAGCCAUACUCCUUUUUUCUUAAGCUGCUGAAUCUCAUAGUAUCAUCUUUUGGCUUAUUUACAAGAAAGAGUCCUCAACCUUUGGUUCCUCUGUUAGCUUCCUUGAAGCAUUUCUCUUUUUUGACGACAUUAAAUCUGAAUGACUGUAAUCUCUGUGAAGGAGAAAUACCCAAUGACAUUGGUUCUCUAUCCUCCUUAAAGAGGUUGGAUCUCAGAGGAAACAAUUUUGUUAGCCUUCCUGCAAGCAUUAAUUUGCUUUCUAAGCUUAAACAUAUUGAUGUGGAGAAUUGCAAAAGGCUUCAACAAUUGCCAGAACUUCCGGUAGGUGACUACUUAUGGGUGAGAGCCGACGAUUGUACUUCCUUACAAGUGCUUCCAGAUCCACCAGAUUUCUGCAGAUUAUCGGAAUUUUGUCUCGUUUGCAUCAAUUGCUUGAGUUUUCAGGAUUCUAGUUAUUUUUUCUAUUCAAUGCUAAAGCGGUUGGUUGAGCAAACCCCUUGUUCUUUUCGCUCUCUCAGGUUUCUAAUUCCUGGAAGUGAAAUUCCUGAGUGGUUCAAUAAUCAUAGUGUGGGAGACUCGAUAACUGAGAAGUUACCUUCAUAUGCAUGUAAUAAUAAGUGGAUUGGGUUUGCUGUGUGUGCUCUAAUUGCACCAAAAGACAAUCCAUCUGCUGUUCCUGAAGACGGUCGUUUAGAUCUUGGUAUCUUGUGCGUUACUUGUACUUGGAACGGAGAUGGUUUGGCAGGUCUUGGUAUCUGUGCAAAACAAACUGUUUCAGAUCACCUUUUUUUACUUGUUGUGCCUAGUCAUCACUGGAAACAUCGGAACCGUCUGGAGGACACAUGCAAUGGGGUUACCUUUGUCUUCGGAAGCACUGGAACUGCAGGAAACAACAGAUGCUUGCAGGUAAAGAAAUGUGGGGCCCGUGUACUGUACGAGCACGAUACGGGUGAGCUGAUCAGUAAAAUGAACCAAUCCAAGAGCAACAUUUCACUUUACGAGGCUAUGGAUGAACAAGAAGGUACCAUGGUCAAGGCAACACAAGAGGCAACAACAAGCGGAAGAGGUUGCUCUGACGACGAAUAUUACUCUACAGAAGAAUGA